AUGCGAAAAACUUCAUCGUUGCUUUGGGAGAGCUGUCAUAAGCUUCUCAAAACUCAUUCAUUGAUCAAGAAGGAAGCCUCCAUGACCUCUCGGAUGACAAGCAAUCAUAAUCAUUUGCAAAAUUAUCAUCAACAAAUGAUAACGAGAAAUGAGAAGAAUGUGCAAGCCUCGUCGUCCUCUCCCACAACGGAAUCAUCACAAAAUCCUUCUGUUAGAGUUGCCAAAGAUCUUGAUUACUUUUUGAAUAAGCACAGAUUUGAGAGAAGAUAUCUUUCUCAACAACAACAGGAACAUAUGGGUGAAAUGUUGGAAUCCUCGGGAGAAGUAAGCCCUGAACAAAAAGCUACUUUUGAAGUUGGAGAAAAAACUCCUUCCGAAAGUGAGGUCAUCAUUAAGCUGCCAUUCUCUACCGAUUCAAAACUGAGAGACAUCUAUACCAAUGCUUUUAAUGGAUUGCGUAUUGGAAGACUUUUGGAGGAUUUGGAUGCUGUGGCUGGAGAAGUAGCCUAUAAACAUUCGGACGGCUUUGAUAAAAGACGGCCACUCACCAUAGUGACGGCUGCCAUCGAUCGAAUUGAACUUCAAAAACCAAUCAUUCCAUUCUUCGAUUUAGAAAUUGUUGUGGAGUUGCGUAUGAGCAGAAAAGAGCUUGUAAUGGUUGCCUAUUUUGUCAUGGUAGCUCUCGAUAAGGCCACCAAUAAGAGCACAAAAAUUCAUACCAUUAUUCCACAAACUGAAGAGGACAAGUUUCUUUUUGAAAUGGGAAAAGAGAACCAAGCAAGAAGAAAAGCCAUGAGUGAAUCAAGUCUCAUGAAAAAACCUCCAAGUGACGACGAGAGACUGCUCAUCCAUGAUAUUUUCCUUCAAAAGAUGAAGCAGCCUCAUAUUUCACACGAUUCUGAAUCAAAUGGUCCUGCCAUUCAUUACUUAUCUCUUGACGGAGGAGAACCACAAGCAUGCAUACCAAUGAGCAUGACAAAACAAAAUAACAUUAUGAUCAUGCAUCCAACCAAUAGGAAUAUUCACGGUAAAAUAUUUGGAGGUUUUUUGCUAAGAGAAGCUUAUGAAAUUGGAUUUAUUACUGCUUACAUGUACACCAAACACAGGCCUGUGUUCCUUGCAUUGAACGAAAACUCUUUCUUGAAGCCUGUAGAAGUGGGAAGCGUGGUAGAAUUCACUUCUCAAAUUGUCUAUGCUGGAGACAAGUCUUUAGAAAUUCGUGUUGAAGUUUGGGUUCUCGAUCCUCCAAGCGGCAAAAAGCUGCAAUGCAAUAUUUUCCACUUUGCUUUUACAUGCCCAAUCGUUUAUAAGGUAGUACCAGAUACGUAUGCUGAGGCUAUGCUUUAUUUGGAGGGUAAAAGAAUUCACAAGAAAGGAAAAACAAUGGCAGAACUGCUGAACUCCAAAUUGGCAGCUUCUUAUGCAUAA